GACCCUCGCACCUAGCUCUACUCUCAUCGCGCAAUCUCCCUUUCCAUCCGGUCGCACUUAUGUUCGAUGUAUCCGUUAUAUUGGUAUAUUGUUCACAGUUGGAACGGUGAUGGUACUGAUGGUGGUGACGGUGGUCGUGUUGGGUACUGUCGGGCUGCUCACUUGCGUGCUGCAUCACUACAAUCAACAAUACAACCCGCCCGUGCCCUGUCUGUCGGCAGCGACCGGGCCGCCGCACCGCAGGCUUACCGCGCCGCCGCCACCGCUGACCAAGAAGAAAAAAUCGACGACGACGACGACUACGACGGCGGUGGCGGCGGCGGCGACGGCUGUGACGACGACGGCUAUCAUCGCAUCGCCACCACCGCUCUCGACUACGAACGGUGCCCGUCGUACCGGCGGCAGCUGUUGUAAUAGUAGCAGCACGUCCUCGCGAACCGCCAUGUUGACGAUGCGAAGCAAUAACGGGCUGUCCCGAGAACACGACCGGCAGGUCCGAUUGCACUCGGUCCGGACGGAUCUGGAAUUGGACAUGCCGCCCCGAAUUCAUUUGCCGGACGGCGARGAGUACCCGUACGGCAGCAUGGCCAAGUUGCAUUUGCGGAAUUCCGAACAAGAACGAGAGAUCUACCAAAAGUGUAUCAGGGGACCUCCAAACCGGACGAUAUGGACGUCGACUGCGGAAUGUCGGAAACUGUCGCAGCCUCACAGGUCCAGUUCCGCGACCGGCUUCACGUCCCUCUCUACGUCCCUGUCCGAAGUGGACUCGGUCACGAGAUGUAAUAGCGUCUCCUCGAGGUAUGUGUAAGUAUACAUAUUAUACG